AUGAGGAAGCAAUUGGGACUGCAAUGUGUUAUACUGACCUUCGUUCUCUGUAUAUUAAGUACACUUGGUGACAGAGUGACGUACACGUUUGAUGAUUCAGUUGGCCUUGGCAGACAGUUUGAUGGUAUAGGCGCUAUAAGUGGUGGAGGGGCAACAUCCAAAUUAUUAGUGAAUUACCCUCAAGAACAGAGAAGUCAAAUAUUGGAUUAUUUAUUCAAGCCAAAUUUUGGAGCAUCUUUACAGAUAUUAAAAGUAGAAAUUGGUGGAGAUGCACAAAGUACAGAUGGAACAGAAGCAUCUCACAUGCACAAUAGUUGGGAUGAGAAUUAUGAGAGAGGUUAUGAAUGGUGGUUAAUGGUAGAAGCCAAAAAGAGAAAUCCUGAUAUUAAGUUAUAUGGACUACCUUGGGGUUUUCCUGGUUGGAUUGGCGAUGGUACAAGAAGUCCCUACAGUAAUCCAACUCAGACAAUUACAUAUAUUAUUAAAUGGAUACAAGGAGCUAAACAUUAUUAUAAUCUUACUAUUGAUUAUAUUGGUAUUUGGAAUGAAAAACCAUACGAUAUUACCUAUGUUAUAACUUUACGUCAGCUGUUGGAUGCCAAUGGUUUAAGCAAUGUUCGGAUAGUUGCAGCUGAUGAUGCUGUGUGGAAUUCUAUAUCUAAGGAUAUAUUAAACAAUGCUAGUCUCAGCAAUGCUGUUGAUUAUAUUGGCUGCCAUUAUCCUAAUACAUAUAGUACAGAUAUAGCCCUUAAAACUGGUAAACAGUUAUGGGCAUCAGAAGAUUCUGUUGGAGGUUCAUGUUUGGCUAAGAGACUGAAUCAGAAUUAUUUAAAUGGAUUCAUAACAAGGUAACAUGAAAUAAUAUUUAUUAGCAUAAAAAUGAAAUGGGGUCUAACCUCCU